AGGCAUUUCAAGGUAAUAAUCCCUUGUUCCUCACACAAAAAUAAAUCUACUAUAAAAUAUAUUAUUUAAGUGGUUUCUCUACAUGUAUUAUUGUAUAGAUAGUUUUUUUUCAUUGCCACACAGAACGCUGCAUGUAAAGUUUUCCUGGUAGCCAUCUUUGCAAGAAUACAGCUCGAAUUUAAGUGUUUCAAAAACAACAUUUGUGCAUUUUUGCACCGAAUGUGUGUUCUAUAUUUUAUAUAUCUGUUACUGGAGCUGCUGGCGCCGUAGAGCUGCGCACGCAUGCGCACACGCUCCCACAUAGACACCAUAACAAACAUGGAUCUGGUGACCAAGCCAAGGAGCAAAUCCGUCGUGUGGCUGUAUUUUGGCCUGAAAGCAGACGACAAAGGGCAACCUUUAAACAACAGAGAGGCAGUUUGUCGCCUGUGCAGAAAAAUCGUGCUUGCAAAGAGUGGAAACACCACUAAUUUAAGAAGUCAUCUGAAGAGGAGACACCGUGCAGAUUUCUUUGACACCCCAUCUUCUACCAGCUCUGGAGGAUUUGAGACCCCAGGAUUGGAUCUGAACAAUGAGGAGUUCUUUGAGGACGUUCCCCUCCUGCAGUCCGUGCCGGGUCACUCCUCGUACGUCCCGGACGCCGUGCUGCCCCCGGGCGAGCCCUGGCUCCAGGGCGGACCCUCCCGGGCCAGGCUGUCCCUGCCGUCCUGCCUCAGUCUGAGCGAAGACGCCUUCGCCGGGUCGUCCAGCGAGGAUCAGCCGGCGGACGUGAAGGUGUUCGCCAAGUGUCUCCUGCAGCAGGGAGUCAUGUUCGGGCCGUUUGUGGGUGAACUGUGCAGAGGUCAAACACCAUCCAGCCUCCGAUACGCCUGGGCUAUCCGAGACGACGCGGCUUUCAUCUACAUCGACGCUUCUGAUGAGAACAAGUCGAACUGGAUGAGGUACGUGACGUACACCGGCAGCGAGGAAAAACACAACCUGGUGGUUUUCCAGUUCUACCGCCACAUCUACUACCGAGUCUCUCAGCCCAUCGCAGAAGGAGCAGAGCUGCGGGUCUGGAUUGGAAAAGACUACGCCUCCCUCCUGGGCCUGGGGAUGGGGGACAGUGUGAAGUGUGGAGUCGGAGACAAAGAGUCGGCUCUGCGUCUGCUGCAGGACGUCCAGCUGGUCACCCUGCCCGAGCCCAGCGCCGCCCCCCUCUGGUCCGACCGCAGCCAGUCGCAGAGCCCCAUGCCGGUCAUCAGCGACGUGACCACGGUGUCCGCCGCGGACGGCGCCCCCGCCUCGCCGUUCCCCUCCGGCUCCCUGCUCUCCUUCCCGUCCCCGAGCUACUCCGUGACGGAGAAGUACGACUUCAUGCCGGGCACCGAGAGGCUGCUGAGCAACCCCGGCGCCACGCUCAGCAACCCCUGGUACUUCUUCGGCUUCGAGCCCGACCCCACCGGGCGGCCGCUGGACCGCGGCACGGCGGUGUGCAAGCUGUGCCUGGAGCACGUGGGCUGCGCCAGCGGAGCGGCCGACCUGCAGAGCCACCUGACCAGCAAGCACGACAUCCGACCGCGGGACAGCUACAAGGACCGCGGCUCGUCCGCAGCUCAGCAGCGCCCCCAGCCGGCGCCGGCCUCCAGCAGUUCGGUUAACGCGCUUCCCGUCGUGUCGUCCGCUCCUGUGACCAGCGCCAUCGUCAACUUCCUCAUCACGGACCUUCAGCCGCCCGCUCUGAUCGAAGGCGACGGCUUCAGGCAGCUCAUCCACACCAUGCUGCCGUUCUACAAGGAGCUGCCUUCGCCCGACCAGCUGGAGGCCCUCCUGAAGGACCACCACACCCGAGCCAAGGCGAACCUGUUCCAUCUGCUGAGGAGGAGGGGCGAAGUGGAGGACCUGAACGACUACACGGCCCCCAUCGAGUCCGAGCCCCGGAGCCCCUGGCACUCCCGCGGCAGUCAGAGUGCCGUUGGCCACUCCGUCACGCUGAGCGUGGACGUCUGGCGCCACAGCUGGCAGGGCGGCACUGAGCACUACCUCACGCUCUGGGCUCACUUCAUAGACUGUAACUUUAGUUUCCACAACCUGGCGCUGGCGACCCGACGGCUGGCUGAAGGCGAGCAGGACAGCUUCCAGGCAGUGGAGAGUCGGGUGAAAGCCGUGGCCCUCGAGUGGGGCAUCUCCCAGCCGAGUCUGGUCCUGCUGGGUGGGCAGUGGAAGAACAGAGCGAGGAGGCCGGUGCAGGGGGGGGACGCUGCAGGAAGCGCCCCUCACCCCAACUCCACGACGUUUCUGGAGAGGGAGGACUCCACGUCGCCCGAUGAAGCGUCUGAGCUCGGCCCAUCCGGCGAAGGGCUCCCUUCCAUCCCCUGCUUCUUCAGCGCCGUGCGGGGCUGCGUCGAGGAGGUGAUGCUGCAUCCCGUCGUCUCCAAAACUCUCCGCCAGUUCCAGCUGUUUCUGUCCGCCCUGUUCCUGCCGCCCGCUCACAGUAAAGGCUGGUUUACCCUUGACGCCCAGAUCGUCCUGCAGGUCCUGACGAAGCAGGAGAAGGCCGACCUCAAGUCGUGGGCCCACAGCUGGCCGGCCUGGAAGAAGCUCUACCCUUUACUCAGCACGCUCGUCAAGCACAAAAGUGUCUUUGUUGAUUUAGUAAAAGACAUAAAAGACGAGGUUUUGCCUCCUGAGGACGUGGAGUCCAGCUCGUCUGGCAGCUGCUCUGCCAUCUCCACCUCCAACUCGUCCUCAGUCGGCGUCUCGGUCUCGCCUUCGGACUGGAGGGUUGUGGAGGACUUGUCCCUGGUCCUCAAGCCGCUGGACGUGGCCUGCAGGACUCUGGCCAAGGAGAGCUUCCCCCGCCUGUCCCUCAUCAAGCCCAUCCUGACCGGCCUGCUGUCGCGCCACCUCGUCUCGCGGCCGGCCGACUCGUCGUCCGUCCUGAAGGAGGUGAAGAAGACGAUGAGGAGACACCUGUCCAGCUGCUAUGGGAGCCCGGCGGUGAGCCGGGCCCUGAGCGUGGCGUGCUGCCUCGACCCGCAGUUCCACGGCCUGAGGUUCAUGGAGGAGAAGGAGCAGGCGGCCACGUUCGACUGGCUGAAGGAAGAGACGGCGAGGAUCGUGAAGGAGGACCGGAGGGGUCGAGGUAAGAAGAGGAGCCCCUCCCCGGGCUCGCCGGAGUCCGACAGCGACUGCCUGCGGAGGAGCAAACGCCUCAAGGAGUCUCGGCCGAUCAGCUUCAAGGAAACGUCUGAAGAGGAGGAGGAGAGCGACGUGGGAGACCCCGACGAGUCGGAGGCCGCGGAGCCCGGGUGUCAGGGCGCGCUGUCCGGGAUGGAGUUCCUGCUGGGAGACCUGUUCAGCCCGGCGCCCAGCAGCAGGCACAGCUCCGUGGAGGAGGCCCUGGACAUGGAGAUGUCGGUGUUCAGGGCCGGCCGGGGGGCCUCGCUGGGCGUGGAGCCCCUGCAGUGGUGGAGGACCAAGGCGGGGCAGUUUCCUCUGCUGGCCGCCGCGGCCCGGGCCUACCUGGCCGCCCCGGCCGCGGCGGGGAACGCCGCGCUGGACUUCGUGGAGGACGGAGCCAGCUCCAGGAAGAGAUCCAACAUCCCGCCGGAGAGUCUGGACGCCAUCUUGUUUCUCCAUUACAACAACAUACCAGUGACCGAGAGCAGUUAUACGACGACCACGAUGAUGACCAUGACGGCGGCGGCGGUGAAGAGCGAAGACAAGAGCAGUGGGAGUUAAAAAGAUGCAAGUUUAGAGCUUUAACCACACUAUUUCCACCAGAACGUCACAAAUCCAACACCAACACCCGUCAAUAAAUUCCACUUACUGCUGAUGGAGCUGCUGUUGACAACAAUAACUUCUAUCCUGAAAAUACAGAAUAUCCUGGAAUCGACCCAAAUAUUCCUCCUGGUGUGUGAAGCAGACGCUGUUGUAGUGAGUUCAGAGUGGAAAAUGUGUGUAUGACAGAGAGAGAGCGACGGCACUCUGGAUUUCUAACUGUCCACGCCAUGAAGCGUCUUCUGACUGAUAAAUGUUCAAAUUUAUCUUUAUUGAAAACAUGCAAAUUCAUCAAUAAGCUAUCCAAAUGCAGUGGGGAUGCAGAUGAGAGGAAGAACUUCCUCAUUUCCUCCUUGUCGAGUUUUAGUUUUACGUUUAGACGCAAACGUGACAGAAUUCUGCCAGUUGUCAUGUUAGACUGAGGGCUUUAUAUUUGGGCUUUUAAUUUGAUAUACCUUUUUUUUUUUACCAUUUCUUGACAAGUAUAUGUAGCUGAUUACAAAUGUGUGUAAUCCAGGGUUAUGAUAGUUUUGAAUAUUUUCAUUAGUUUUUUCAUUUUUGUCAUUUUGACGUCAUGCCUCUAAUUUUAGUUUAGUUUUAGUUUUUAUUCAUGACUGCUAGAUUUUAGUUUUAUGUUUUGCGUAUUGGUUAGUCCAAAUUAUAGUUUUUUUUUUUUUAGUUUGUUUUUCAUUUCUAGUUUUCUCCAGUUAACCGUCCUGACCUUGAUUCCCACCAGAGCUGUUAGGCUGAACGUCCCAAGAAAAACGUUUUGGUUGAAGUCUGGACUCGUAGUUUUUAUGUUAGAAGAUAUAUUAACACAUUGAUUAUGUUACGUGGAUCAAUAUUUUUACCGCUGCACACCUUCAGUCCGUGUGUCGAUACAGAGUUUGGACCUUUUCAGCAUUCAGUGCCUUUUUCUGUAGUUUCAACAUGGAUUUUCCUGUUUUAUCCCGUUUCUUUUGAAGUCUGUUUGAAUGUCGUCCACAUCUCAUUUAUCAUUAUUAUUGAUAUUUUCCGUUAUUCAGACUAGAACAAAACAAAGACUGUUGGUUAUCUGCGAGGCGUGCUGCUUCUUAAAUAACCAGACAGGGCAGAAAUGAGUGAAUUAACCUGAAUGUAGAACAAACUAGGACUGGAGCUCAGAAUCUCAGCUGUUCCGUCGUGUUUCAGCGCAGGACUGUGGGUUGUUUACACAAACAGAAACUCGGUAGCACAAAGUGUGUGUUGUCCUAAACUGUGACGCUGUUUGAGUUCUGUCAUUCAUGCAACUGGUGUGAAGUAACUGUACCUGCUGCAGAAGAUUUUUAAUAAAAUGUAC